CAGCUUGCUCUCCAGCUGCAUCCAGGAGGAUUUCCACAUUCGCUCCAUCGCCUUGGAGCUCGAAACCCGCAAAGAAACGCCCAACCUCGACCUGAUUCGAGAGUUUCAUUGUUCCGGAGUGAGCCGAACGCGCUUCGGUCGCUCGUUGACACUAAAACUCUUCAACGAAUUAUUCUGCGAGGAGAACCCGCUCUGUCCUCCGACGAUGCUGGACGAGAAACAGCCCUCGUUUCAGAUGUACAACAGUCUGAGCAAGGAACGGCAGCUCGAUCUUCUGCGGCAGUGGAUGAGCUCGCUGGGGCUGCGCGAAGACGCCGCAGGACUGGACUGGAAGGCGUGGCUGGUGCGGCUGAACUUGCUGCAGAUCAGCCAGCAGCAGGUGCUGUUUAUGUAUGUGUACUCGCUGGCGCGCGAGAUUCUGAAGAAUUCGUUUUUGGACCCCAUUGCGGAGGUGGAGGUGAGCGGACUGAAGUCGAUUGCGGUGGACGUCGAUGGGAGAAAAGGACUCGUGCAUGUGGGAACCGUCUCGCCGCUGCCCGCAGCGUCGUUCAUUCCGUACCUCUCUUAUGGAUCGUUCUUUAAAUCGAACACGCAGAUCCUCUUUGUCCGGAAAGUCACCGACAAGCAGACCGAUCAAUGGCUUCCCACCACGUAUAUUCAGUGCUUCUCUCCGCAAGGCGGCCUUCAGCCCAAUUACUGGACGUUCUCCGCUCUGAUGGACGCGUAUCACGAGGUUUCGAUCGAGAGUGGAGCGGCGUUGUGGACGCGGGCGGUCGAGGAGUGUCGCGAAUUGCCGGUAGCGGUGAUGAGCGAAGGCGUGAUGGAGUUGCUGCCGGAGAUCGUGAAGUUCUCGCCGAUCGGGUAUGUGGUGCAUCUGUGUAUUAUGCGCGAUGGAGAGGAGAGGAAGGUGGGCGUUCGCAUUCCUUGUAGGGGCUGGAAGCAGCGGUGA